AUGAAGAAGCGUAAAAGUUUAGUGAGAAUUUAUAGUUGCUGAAUAUUCUGAAAGGUUUUUUUUCAAUUCAAUUUUAAUUCUAGCAGCAGUAUUAAUUGGUUUAACAAAUUAUGUAUACGCUGUUGAUAUUGAUAAAUUUGGUUAUUCUGUUAAAGGUAUCCUAAGGAUAAAUUAAUUUAAGCAAGAGCAUUACUUAUGAUAUAUAGAUACGAAGAAGCCUUAGAAGCUUGUGAUGAGAUAAUUCGUUUAGAUGAAAAUGAAAAUAGUUAUGUAAUGUAAGUUAAAUAACACUAUUACUUUUUGAAAAUUCUUUCUUUCAAAUUUACUAAUUAUAACCAACAUAAAAUUUGA